GGUUUGGCAGCGCCAGAUGGUUCGGUUUGAGCACGUGCUAGAUGCGCUCUUGUGCGACCGAAACGGCGGGCUGGACAACGACCGCACAACGCCAAAACAGCCCACACCAACCACGUCGAUUGUAUCUGGCGUCAGAUCUCGCGUCGCACUGGAAAUCACGUCGUUGCUACUAGGCGAGGCCUCGGAGAUAAACAAGCGCGUAACAUACUACUUAGGGAGUGUGAAUGCCGCGCGACAAGCACAUAUCAGCACCCUGUCGCAUACACCCGCAGCGAACGCUGAAGUGCACACCCAACCCCCAGCGCACGCGCAUGCACAGCUGCAACUAACAUACAUCACAGCAUACCCCGAAUCGGCCCAUUUCGACUACUGUGUGGAAGAGAACCCAGCGGAUACACCUAGUCCAGGCACGCACACCAUUGUGCCACAGUACUACGACAAUGCUGUGGUCAGGUUUGUCCCUACCUUCGAGGUUGUCCUCGGCAAACUGUUGGAACACAAUCAGUCGGCGUUGGCGGAAACGUUACUGGUUCGAUUCGCACCGCUGUACAGUGUGCAUGAGCGUGCGCUGUCGAGUGUGUAUGAGCUGUUGCACUACUACCAACUCAGUGAAGGACUGACGGCCAGGGUAAGGGAAGCCAUGGUUAACGCCUUAGUGCGGUUCACUAAUAUGGGUGAGAAUGGCCCGGACAGGGGCAGGACAGGUGACAGGUUCAGUGCCGCGUUUCUUGAGAUGCUCAAGACGCCUAUGGAUGAUGCGCAAGUCGCUAAGGAAGCCGCGGUGAAGAGUGCGAUGCCCUUAGACGCACACGUGUACACACCGCAUAUGCCCGGGAACAAGGCGAUGAUAGGAAGUACGCCUUUGGGGGCCUACAUGGAAAGCUGUCUGGACGACAUCACGGCGGUGGUCGAGAAUGCGUAUCACACACCGUCCGAGGGAACGCAGCGCUACCGUGACAUCCACGCCUACACCACGGACUUCAACAGCCACAAGCUGAACCGCAUUGAGACCUGUUGUGUGGAGCUCAUGUGUCUGCGCCACCUUCUGCCUGAGAAUGUGGCGGAUACCAUAUUCACCGCGUUGGUUCGACCACGCAGUGGUAAAGGGGUAAUGAAUGUCAUGGGGCGCAUCAACUCGACCGCCCUCUUGCUGGUGGCUCUGCCGUGUGUGUUCCGUGAACGAUUCGUGUCCGUCCUGGCGGAGUGCAUACUGGGCAAUGAGUGGCUGCAGGGCAAUCUGCAAUCGGCUGUCAAUGGUAGGCUCUCUCGGUUCUAG